AUUCUGUCAGUGCAGCUUCGUUUCAGGGGGAAGAUGCUGUUCUACCUCGGCCUAAUAGUUUACAUCAGUCCUUUGUCUCUGGCAGUCAAACAGUGUCCUGUGAAUCACUACUACGAUGGCCUCAGUGAGGAGUGUGAGCCUUGCGAAUUACGGUGCAAUUCACCACCAGCAACUUGCACAGCAUCCUGUACUAAGAAUAUGUCAGAGUCACAGGGCAACAACUCAAGAGUGCUUUUGGUGGUUUUGUUUGUUGUGUUCCUGGGAGUCUUCAUGGCCAUGUCACUGAUCCUGCAGUAUCUGAGAAGAAAGACUUGCAAAAUUCACUCCAAACCCAAAGUACCCUGCCAGGAGGAAACGGGACCAACAGAACUACAAGAAGCCUUAUACAUCGCAGGGACAGAGACCCUAGCUGGGGCUGGCCAAGCUAUCCAAGAAGAGCAGAGUGAAGUAACUCCUAACUCCAGUCUGCCCCUACCCUCCACUGAAGAAGGCAGAACCAUGCUAGUGACAACGAAGACAGGACAGAACUAUGGAAGCAGGAUGCAAAGCACUGAUAGCGGAGCUCUCUACCUGUGGAGGUCUGGAUUUGUGCCCUGAUUGAAGAUCCCAAAGCAAUCUUAUCAAGGAGGGGGCUGUAACCAUGGAAGGCACUAUAUGAAUGCUACAAUGUCAAUGAUCAAUCAUUUCUCUGUGUCUUAUGAUAUUUAUACACCUUCCUUUUUUAAAUUUAUUUUAUUUUAUUUAUUUCAAGUAGGCUAGACUACUCCACAUGGUUGUGGUGAUUUAUCUGAAAAAGUUACAAAAAAAGGAAAACAAUGAAAAAUAGCCUACAGAAGUUAUAAAGCAGUAGACAGAAUUUUGGCCCAUUUCUUUUCCUUUUAAGUAGGCAUUUUU